GUUAACAGCUGUCGGAGUCGGGCGUCUCUUAGUUAUGUUCUCUUCCAGUAUCGUGAGCAAUUGCGCCAACGUGUCAAGCAAGAGGUCUGUUUGAACCGCACAAAGCUAAAGCUAACCGAUAAGUUGAUAAAGAAAACUGCUCCACACAUCGAAAGUUGUUCAAUGGACGAUGUAAGGGCCGUCAAUCGUGGACUUAUGUUGCGAAAAAAGCUAAAGGAACAAAUCAAGGAGCGUAAAUCUUCAACGGAUAAGGGCAGUCUAACGAUUAAAAUGGAUUCAAGUGCAUAAACUGCAAUGGAACAAUACUUUCUGA